CAGUUGAGUCUGUCCCAACAGGAGAGCUGUGGUACUGGUGUUGGUGGCGACCGGCUGUAGCGGGAGCAGCGAGCGGUUUACUACACAUCCGCGGGGAGACGCAAGUCAGCUCCGCUCACUCACACACUCUGGGGAUCUGUCCGUAUACGAAGACACACACACGCGCACAGUGCGCACAGUGUGCUGGCACGUCAGGACAGUCUGUCGUCUCGGGGGAGAACAAACGAGACGAACGUCAAAUCUAUUCCCCGGCAGUGCAACUUUUCUCCUCAUUUCAGGCGGACUGAUGUUCGUGCGUUAAAGAAAAGGUGUGUCCAUUUAAGGCCCUUCCUGCUGUUGUGAGCCUGCACCCGGGCCAGCAGUCACUAUGACGACAGCGGCUAGGGCCCCGCCUUCCUCUGGCCCCCUCCUCUUCCUCCUCUUCCUCUUCCUCCUGCCCUUAGUGCUGUCCCAGAAUCCUUCACUGUCUGAGACUGGGCUUCCAGAAGACUGUAACCGACGGCAACAUCCAAUCGUAUCACAUACAGCGUUGUCUCCAUGGCUGUCUAGUUUCUCGGUGGCUGGAGUGAAUGACUAUUCCCAGCUGACCCUGGACCUGACCAGGAACCAACUCAUCGUCGGGGCAAGAAACCACCUCUUCAGACUGAGUUUGAGCAAUGUGUCUUUACUACAGGCAACGGAGUGGGCUGUGGACAGUGACACCAGGAGGUCGUGUCAGAGCAAAGGCAAGAGUGAGGAGGAGUGCCAGAACUACAUCCGGGUGCUGCUGCUGAGUGGCAAGAGGCUGUUCGCCUGUGGUACCAACGCCUUCACACCUGUAUGCUCAACCCGACAGGUAUCUAACCUGAGUCGGGUUCUGGACACCAUGAACGGGGUGGCCCGGUGCCCGUACGACCCGCGUCACAAUUCCACUGCCAUGGUAACGGAGCGCGGCGAGCUCUACGCCGCCACUGUCAUCGACUUCUCGGGUCGCGACCCCGUGCUGUACCGGAGCCUGGGCAACAUGCCGCCCUUGCGCACUGCACAGUACAACUCCAAAUGGCUCAACGAGCCGCACUUUGUGUCGGUGUACGAGGUGGGCCGCUUCAGCUACUUCUUCCUGCGCGAGACGGCGGUGGAGUACGACUGCGGCAAGACGGUGUUCUCGCGCGUGGCCCGCGUCUGUCAGAACGACGUGGGCGGACGCUUCCUAUUGGAGGACACCUGGACCACCUUCAUGAAGGCCCGUCUCAACUGCUCGCGCUCCGGCGACAUCCCCUUCUACUACCACGAGCUGCAGGCCACGCACUUCCUACCCGAGCAAGACCUCAUCUAUGGAGUCUUCACUACCAACGUUAACAGUAUUGCGGCGUCGGCGGUGUGUGCGUUUAACCUGAGUGCCAUAGCUCAGGUCUUCACAGGUCCCUUCCGCUACCAGGAGAACCCUCGCAGCAGCUGGCUGUCCACGCCCAACCCCAUCCCCAACUUCAAGUGCGGUACGGUAGGCGAGGGUCCUGGUGGCAACAUGACUGAGCGUAGCCUGCAGGACGCCCAGCGCCUCUUCCUGAUGGCGGAGGUGAUCCAGCCCGUCUUCCCCGAGCCGCUGGUGGCCCAGGACAACGUGCGCUACUCCAAGCUGGUGGUGGACAUCGUGCAGGGCAGGGACACGCUGUACCACGUCAUGUACAUCGGCACCGAGCACGGCACUGUCAUCAAAGCUCUCUCCACGACCAAUAAGAGCCUUCAUGGGUGUUACCUGGAGGAGAUGGAGCUCCUCCCACCAGGCCAGCGGGAGCCAAUCCUGAGCCUCCAAAUCCUGCAGAGUGAUAGGUCACUCUUUGUCGGCCUGAACAGCCGGGUGUUGAAGAUUCCGCUGGAGAGAUGCUCCAACUAUGAGACUCGACAGGCGUGUCUGGGUGCCAGGGACCCCUAUUGCGGAUGGGACCUGCAGCAGAGGCGCUGCAGCACCAUAGAGGACAGUGCCAGCAUGAGCCAAUGGAUACAGAACAUCACAGAGUGCCCUGUGCGAAACCUAACUCAAGAUGGCGGCUAUGGGCCCUGGGCCCCAUGGCAACCCUGUAACCAUGACGACGGGGGCGGUUCCAAUGCGUGCGUGUGCCGCCUGCGCUCCUGUGAUAGCCCCGCCCCCCAGUGUGGAGGUGCCAAGUGUCAGGGCCCCACCAUAGAGGUGGCCAACUGCUCCAGGAACGGUGGCUGGACCCCCUGGUCCCCCUGGUCCCAGUGCAGCACCAGCUGUGGCAUGGGCUUUGAGGUGCGCCAGAGGUCCUGCAACAACCCCUCCCCCCGACACGGAGGACGCGUGUGUGUGGGGCAGGCCCGAGAGGAGAGGCUGUGUAAUGAGAAGACUGCGUGUCCAGUGGCCGUGUCCUGGACUUCCUGGAACUCCUGGUCCAAGUGCAGCGCCCCCUGUGGGGGAGGAGUCCACUCGCGCGUCCGGAGCUGCGAGAACGGCAACAAUUGUCCAGGCUGCCCUCUGGAGUACAAGGCGUGUAACCUGGAGGCGUGUCCAGAGGUGCGUCGGAACACUCCGUGGUCUCCGUGGCUACCGGUGAACGUGACGCAGGGCGGGGCGCGGCAGGAACAGCGGUGGCGCUACACGUGCAGAGCCCUGCUGGCCAACCCCCACGAGCUGCAGCUGGGCAAACGCAAGACCGAGACGCGACUCUGCCCCAACGACGGCAUCACGCCCUGCGAGACCGAUGCCUUGGUGGAGGACCUGUUAAGGGUGGAGCGGGUUCUGAUCCCCCGCCCCCAGGGCGCCAGCUGGUCACCGUGGGAGACCUGGUCGGCGUGUUCUAAAGAAUGCGGCAGAGGGUUCCGUACCCGCCGGCGACCCUGCACCACCCCGGACGGCCGCACCGCCCCCUACGACUGCUCCGGCUCACCUGUGGAGUACCAGGACUGCAACACACAGCCCUGCCCAGUGAGAGGAGGCUGGUCGUGCUGGUCCUCCUGGUCUGAGUGUUCGGCCUCCUGUGGGGGGGGACACUUCCAGCGCACGCGCACCUGCACCAACCCCACGCCCAAACACGCCGGAGACAUCUGCAUAGGACUGCACACAGAGGAGGCGCUGUGUAACACGCAGGACUGUGAAGGUGGUUGGGGGCCGUGGUCAGAGUGGGCGGAGUGUAACGAGGAACUGCUUCAGAUCAGGACACGCCCCUGCGCUAUAGGCCCCUCCUCUUCCUGUAAGGGCAACGAUACAGACCAGAGGCCAUGUCCCAAACUCAGCACAGUGCUUCAUUCUGGCUCAGGCAGGGGCUCACAUUGUGCAGGUUUCUCGGUGUACCACCUGGUGUUGACAGGGGUGGGUGGCUUCAUGGGUGCGGUGCUGUUGUCUCUGCUGCUCUACCUGUUUUGGCAGAAGUCCCCGCGGCCCUCCCCGGAGUCUGGCGUCAUACACCCCUCCAGCCCCUCGCCGCUGCCACCCAACAACGACAAGUACACGCCCAUGGAGUUCAAGACCCUGAAUAAGAGCACCAUUCUGCCAGAUGAGGGCUGCAACUUCUUCCCGUCGCCGCUGCCGCAGAGUAACGUGUACGCCACCACCUACUACCCCACGCCCCUGAAAUACGACUUCCCCCUGGACUCACCCUGCAGAAACUACAUGCACAGCUAG